AUGGCGCGGUUAAAGUUACAACCUGUCACCUCAGCCUUCCUCCGGUUUGGGCUUUUUACUUUUGUCUUAUUUUUACAUGGUCUACAAGUAGAUGCUGGCACAGGGACAGAUUCACCAAACGUAGGACAUAACAACACAUGCUCUGGUUCUUCAGAGUGCAAGGAGGGUGUUAUCUUGCCAAUAUGGUAUCCAGAAAACCCAUCCUUGGGGGACAAAAUUGCCAGAGUUAUUGUUUAUUUUGUGGCACUCAUAUAUAUGUUUCUUGGAGUUUCUAUCAUUGCCGACCGUUUCAUGGCUUCCAUAGAGGUCAUUACAUCCCAAGAGAAAGAGAUUACUGUCAGGAAACCCAACGGAGAAGCCAUCACCACCACCAUCCGAAUAUGGAAUGAAACUGUUUCCAAUUUGACCCUCAUGGCUCUUGGUUCCUCUGCCCCAGAGAUCCUUUUGUCAUUAAUAGAGGUAUGUGGUCAUGGAUUUAUUGCCGGUGAGCUGGGCCCUUCUACCAUCGUUGGUAGUGCCGCUUUCAAUAUGUUUAUCAUCAUAGCCAUCUGUGUCUAUGUCAUUCCUGAUGGGGAGACAAGGAAGAUAAAACAUUUGAGAGUUUUCUUUGUCACAGCUGCUUGGAGCAUCUUUGCCUAUAUCUGGCUAUACAUGAUCCUUGCGGUCUUUUCUCCAGGUGUGGUUCAGGUAUGGGAAGGCUUGCUCACUCUGUUUUUCUUCCCUGUUUGUGUCAUCCUGGCUUGGAUUGCAGACAGAAGGAUGUUUCUCUAUAAAUAUAUGCACAAAAAGUACCGUACUGACAAACACAGGGGUAUUAUCAUUGAAACAGAAGGGGAUCACCCCAAAGGGAUUGAAAUGGAUGGUAAGAUGAUGAACUCCCAUUUUUUAGAUGGAAACCUAGUGCCUAUGGAGGGGAAAGAGGUGGAUGAGUCUCGCAAAGAGAUGAUCCAGAUCCUCAAGGACCUGAAACAAAAGCACCCAGAAAAAGACUUAGAUCAGCUGGUAGAAAUGGCCAACUACUAUGCUUUAUCCCAUCAGCAAAAAAGCAGAGCAUUCUAUCGGAUUCAAGCUACCAGGAUGAUGACUGGAGCAGGAAAUAUUCUCAAAAAGCAUGCAGCUGAGCAAGCCAAGAGGAGCACUAGCUUGCAUGAAGUACGGCCAGAGGAGCCAGAAGAAUUCAUCUCCAAAAUUUAUUUUGAUCCUUGCUCCUAUCAGUGUCUUGAGAACUGUGGUGCUGUCCUCCUAACUGUUGUCCGGAAAGGAGGUGAUGUCUCCAAGACCAUAUAUGUGGAUUACAAAACAGAAGAUGGCUCUGCCAAUGCUGGGGCUGACUACGAAUUUACAGAAGGGACAGUUGUUUUGAAGUCUGGGGAGACCCAGAAAGAGUUCUCCAUAGGGAUCAUUGAUGACGAUAUCUUUGAAGAGGAUGAGCACUUUUUUGUGCGUCUUAGCAAUCUACGGGUGAUUGAUGCAGAGGAACCUCCUGAACUCAACAAACUGCCAUAUCCCAAGGCCAUACUGGUCUCACCUUAUGUGGCUACUGUGACUAUCUUAGAUGAUGACCAUGCAGGAAUCUUCACCUUCGAGUGUGGUGUGAUACAUAUCAGUGAGAGCAUUGGGGUGAUGGAGGUGAAAGUUCUUAGAACAUCUGGUGCACGGGGUACAGUCAUAGUCCCCUUUAGAACAGUUGAAGGAACAGCAAAAGGAGGUGGAGAGGAUUUUGAAGACUGUUAUGGAGAGCUGGAAUUCAAGAAUGAUGAAACUGUCAAAACUAUUCACAUCAAAGUAAUUGAUGAGGAGGAGUAUGAAAAAAACAAGACUUUCUUCAUUGAGUUGAUGGGUCCUCGAAUGAUGGAUAUGAGUUUACAGAAAGCACUCCUCUUGACUCAAGAGGUGGCAGAAAGAAAGCUGACCAUGGAGGAAGAGGAAGCCAAACGUAUUGCAGAAAUGGGAAAGCCAAUACUGGGUGGACAUCCAAAACUAGAGGUCAUCAUUGAAGAGUCCUAUGAGUUCAAGAGCACAGUGGACAAGCUCAUCAAGAAGACAAACUUGGCGUUGGUUGUAGGAACUCAUUCAUGGAGAGACCAGUUCAUAGAAGCCAUCACUGUCAGCGCAGCAGGCGAGGAGGAGGAGGAUGAGUCUGGUGAGGAGCGCCUGCCCUCCUGCUUUGAUUAUGUCAUGCAUUUCCUGACUGUCUUCUGGAAAGUGCUCUUUGCCUGUGUGCCCCCGACAGAGUAUUGCAAUGGCUGGGCCUGCUUCAUUGUGUCCAUCCUGAUCAUUGGAAUGCUCACUGCCAUCAUUGGAGAUCUGGCCUCCCACUUUGGCUGCACAAUUGGCCUCAAGGAUUCUGUGACUGCCGUGGUCUUUGUGGCCUUUGGCACUUCAGUCCCAGAUACUUUUGCUAGCAAAGCAGCCGCUGUUCAAGACAUCCAUGCAGAUGCUUCCAUUGGCAACGUCACAGGCAGCAACGCAGUCAACGUCUUCUUGGGCAUUGGACUGGCAUGGUCAGUAGCUGCCAUCUACUGGGCUUCUCAAGGAGAGGAGUUCCAUGUGUCAGCCGGCACGCUUGCCUUCUCUGUGACACUGUUCACCAUUUUUGCUUUUGUCUGCGUCAGCGUGCUAUUGUACCGAAGACGGCCUCAUUUUGGAGGAGAACUAGGAGGCCCUAAAGGGUGCAGACUUGCCACAACUUUGCUUUUUGUGAGUCUGUGGCUAUUGUACAUUUUAUUUGCUACCCUGGAGGCCUAUUGCUACAUCAAGGGGUUCUAA